AUGAAGCUAAUUAAUUAUUCCGUCAGCCUGUUUAAUACACGUUGGCUAUCACCCACGGAGAGGCGUUUAGCCCAAGCCCGGCUCGCAGAGGAUGCAGGUGAAGCGGAUCAGGACCGCGAAGGCGAAUCGAUGUGGACAGGCCUAAAAUUAGCCUGCAAAGAUGUAAAGGUGCAUAUCUUUUCCCUCAUGGGUAUAUCGCAGCUCCUGGGAUUGAGCUUCGUGAACUUCUUCCCAACCCUUACGGCAACGCUUGGCUUUAACACUACGAUUAGUCUGCUCCUCGCCGCUCCACCGUGGAUUUUCGCUACUAUCGUUUGUUGCCUGAACGCCUUUCAUGCUGACCGAUCAGGCGAGCGUUUCUUACACCUUGCCGUGCCUUCGUGGGGUGUCAUGGUUGGCUACAUUAUUGGAGUAUCGACUUUCUCUGUUGGCGGUCGGUACGUUUCUAUGUUCCUAAUGGCUAGUGGAUAUGCAGGCUCUGCGCUAACUUUGGUCUGGGUUUCCAAUACCAUUCCGAGGCCGCCGACCAAACGAGCUGCAGCAAUAGGGAUUGUAAAUGGAUUCGGCACCAUCGGAUUCUUGAUCGGUUCAUAUGCGUGGAAAGCACAAUGGGGACCGGCAUACCACCAAUCGAUGUUCAUCGGUAUCGCGGCACUGGCGUUCAGUUCUUGCCUAGCAUUCGUGAUGCGAUGGAUGCUGGAACACGAGAAUGCAAAGCUCGAUGGAGACGAGCUGGGUGCGCUCAAGGGCGCGAAUCGCCAACGUAUCGAGAAGUUUGCGCACUUGGAGAGUAUCACAAUCGAAGAAGCUAUGGAGAGAAAGCGAGGGUUCAGGUAUCUCUAUUGA